AUGUCGUUACCAGUCGCUAUCCAGUCGGCCAUUUUCUACUACCUCGCUUGCACACCAUGUAACGAGAUGAAGGCGUUUAGGAAGGCGAAGAAGAAGGCCAAGGAGGAAAGAGAGGUCAAGAGACGCAUAGAAAUGGAGCAGCCGGGACUGUACCGCCAUCCCGACCCCUUCCACACCAACCCUUACUGGGCCGAGGAGAUGGCUAUGGGACCCCACCUGCCCAAGAAGUCGGCAAGCAAAAACGCCAGCCAGAGAGGCCUGCAGAGCGCUGGCCGCGCGAGUACCGCUGCGAGUUUUGGAUGUGCGAGCACCGCCGCCGAGAGCACCGGUCCCGUCAGCCCGACAAUUAGCCAGGAGCAGGCACGGAAACUGUCUGGCGAUGGGUGGAACAGGACGUUAUACCAACGCGAAGACGAGGAGCUGUGGGGCCACAAUCUGUCUGGCAUGGGCCACAAGCUCAUGGACAACAUCGUCGGAGCAGGCAAGACGGCGGGACGCUACGUCGAGGAGAAGCUGGGUCGCGAGAAGGCCAUCACAGACGAAGAUCGCGAGAACUUCUACACCACGCCGCGGAACCCCCCAGUCAACGACUACCACCCCCCAAUUGUCGGAAGCAAGCCUUCUCGUCCCGACGCCCUCAAGUGGAUGUUGCAGCCGCCACCACCAGCCAAGCUCAUGGAAGGCCGAGUACCCGUCACCAGAACACACAGCACCAGCACUGUCGGCAGCAGAAGAACCAUGGCUUCUGAAGAGCCUCCCCUUGACAGGCUCGUCCGCGAAAAGGCGCUCCAGAAGAAGCUGCGGCAGGCAGAGAAGCCCCGCCAUGACGAGACACCCUCGGAAUCGGAGCUAAUCGACUCGCUUAUCGGGUCAAGAUCUAGAAAGUCAACGGUCUCGAGCAAGAACAUGUCCAACCGUAGUCGCAGCCUGUCGCUGGAAUCCGAAGUAUCAUCAGACGGCGAACUGGUAGAGAGAAGACGCAGAGCGCGCGCCAGAAGAGUCCCCGCCACGCCGGAGGAGACGUCUUCGGAUGACGACGACUACGUCCAGCACCGCGCUUGGGACUCGCUGGGACACGCGAGCCCUCCCCGACGGCCCAAGCUGGAAACAAUCACCAGCUCCCGGUCAAACACCAGACAGGCAUUGAAGGCACGGCCAAACGGCACCAGACCUAAUGCCACGGCCAAGGACGCCGACAUCACACCCAAGGCCUCGACCAACCCGAUCGUCCUCAAGUCGGAUGAGAACACACCGACUACACCAGCAACCAUAUCAUAA